UGGAGAGUCACACUUGUAUGGCCUGUAUGGCGGGAAGUUUUGGAUUGGUGUGUGGACGAUACCUACCUGUUGUGUGUGCAUGCGCAUAAAAUGCACUGAUAUCCCCCCAUGUUUUGGCUGCUGCACAAUGACAUCUGCGUGGGCGAGUGGCUGGACCCUGUUUCCGCAUCAAACGGCUUUCGGCUGCCAUCGUUCCACAAGAGCUGCAAGCGGCCUCCGGUUGCUCUACACACCCCACUCCUCCUCCUCCUCCUCCUCCUCCUCCUGCUGCUGCUGCUGCUGCUGCUGCUCCUUCUAUCGCUCAAGUGGGUACAACCCUCUGCAUUCGAGAGGGGAAAGGAUAAAGAAAGAAAAAAAGGGGGUGAGAGAUAGCAGGAACUCGAGAGCCGGCGGGAAUAUUCGGGGUAAGACGGCCAGGUCUGGGGAGUAACAGGCACUGGCAUCGCGGAUGAUUGUUGAAGUCGUCCUUGUUGUGGCUCCAUCUGCGAAAGGAUGGGCUUAGUGUAGUGUAUGUAUGUACAGCACCUGUGUUAUUCCCUCCUUUCAUCUCAUGAUGAUCAGUGACCAUCCCUGACACCAACCUUACCCCCUACCCUACCCCACCUC